GUACUACAUAGGAGAUAGAGAACACCGGCAAAAUGUUAUCAUUAACCACAAUUGCUAUAAUCGUCCUAGUCAUUGGGCUAAUCUAUCAAUUUUUCAUUUCCCCAUAUAUCAUCUCACCGCUCUCCAAAAUCCCCAAUGCGCACUUCACAUCCCCCAUUACAUCCCUGUGGAUAUUGCAUAAGCGCAAAACGGGGAACGAGGUCAAGACUAUCUACUCUCUUCACCAGCAACACGGCCCUGUUGUUCGCCUAGGUCCCAAUGAGCUCAGCGUCAAUUCCAUCGAUGGUCUGCGGACCAUCUACACCGGCGGCUUUGAGAAAACCCAAUGGUACAGUGAUAUCUUUGUCAACUUUGGCACCGAUAAUCUAGUCAGCACCCAGAGUUAUAAGCCACAUUCUAUCCGGAAGCGCAUGCUUAGCAACGUCUACUCCAAGUCGUAUCUGCAAAACUCGCCAGACCUACAGAGAGUCUCGCUUAUUAUUGUGGUAGACCGAUUUCUACCCCUUUUGGGCGAACUGGCUCAGAAGCGGGAGGCAAUCAAUGUAUUUCCGUUACUGCAAGGGCUCGGUCAGGAUUUUACUUCGGCAUACCUGUUUGGCUCGAAGUAUGGGACGGACUUUAUCCACGACGUUGCCAAGCGUGAAUGUUGGCUUGACAUGUAUGAGAAGUUCAAGGUCUCGCACCCCAAGGAACGCAGUUUCGGCGAGUUUGAGCAAUGGUGUCUUGCAUUAUGCGAUAAGGUUACGAAUGACCUAAAAGAGGGGAAAGCAAGCAGUGAUCAAGGCACUCAGCCGGUGGUGUAUGCGCAAUUUUAUCGGAGUCUACAGAAGAACCCCGAGAUUUGGGAGAGGAAGAGGCUCAUGUUAGCUUCGGAGAUGCUUGAUCACCUUAUUGCUGGACAUGAAACAUCGGGCAUCUCAUUGACCUACACGUUGUGGGAGUUAUCGCAACGCCCUGCCCUUCAAGCGCGUCUUCGAGUGGAACUCUUAGGUCUCUCGCCGACUCUAAGAUACGCAUCACGAGAGAAAGCGAAAGAUGGCUCACUACCAUCUACACAGUCCUUGAAUAAUCUACCGCUGCUGGACUCCAUAAUCCGUGAAACCCUACGCCUGCAUACAGCAGUGCCCGGCCCACAACCUCGAGUUGUUCCCUUCUCCUCUCAGCCGGUAACCAUUGAAGGAUAUCCAAAUAUCCCAGGCGGAACAAUUGUCAGCAGCUCCGCAUUUUCAUUGCACCGCAUAGCGGAUGUCUAUCCUAACCCGGAUGAAUGGCUCCCCGAGCGCUGGCUCAAUCCCGAUAGUAGCACUUCCGAAGCAAUGAAACGCUUGUUCUGGGCCUUUGGUAGUGGUGGAAGGAUGUGUUUAGGGAGCAACUUUGCUCUGCAAGUGAUUAAACUUGUUAUUGCCACAAUCUACACUAAUUUCACCACUUCUAUUGUAAAUGACGAGGGAAUUGAACAGGAGGACAAUUAUAUUGCUCCUCCGAAGGGGCGCAAGCUGAUUCUUCAAUUUAUAGCCGUAUAGAGAUACCUCUAGCCUUCUAGUUGAUCAUUAGAACCAGUAUGCAUAAAGGUCUCAAAGGU